CUUGCUUUGCUAGCUCUUCAUAUAAACAUUGAAAUUAUCUUUAUUUUUGGUCAUUAUGGGUUCAAAGGGUGCAGCAACAACAACACUACUUGUCCUUGUGCUUAACCUUGUUUUGAUCAAUUGUGUUAGCUCUAGUUAUGUGCCAUCUGUAGGUACUUGCCCCAACGGCCUAAAGUUGGAUCUUUGUGCUAACGUGUUAGGAGGAUUACUGAAGAUUAGGCUUGGGAGUACUGAUCCGAGACAAUGCUGCCCACUGAUUGCAGGCUUAGCGGAUCUUGAUGCAGCUGCUUGUCUCUGCCUUUCACUCAAUGACCUCAACAUCUUGGGUCUCCCUCUGCUCAGUCUUAUCCCCAACGUUUCCUUGAACUUGCUACUCAAUCAGUGUGGAUAUGGUCCGGCUCCCUCUUCCUUCCAAUGCGCAUAUUAUUGAUUAAGUGAUCCUGCUAGCUAGCUUCUGUGGUUUUUGUUGUGUUUAAGGUUUCUAGUUGUUUAAUGGUUUAGGCCCUUAAACAUAUGUUCCUUAAUCUAUAACAAAGUAUGUUGUUGUUUAUGUUUUGAAUAAUUUGAUGGGUGGGGAGAAGGUUAGCUCCGAUCCUUCUCUCCCUCUUCCUCUAUGUUGUAACAUGUGAUGUUUUGGAAUAAUAAUAAAA